CGGCUCCUCCCCGCCAACUCCAUUCCGCGACUCUCGCUCGCUCCCUUCGUCUUCCUCCUCGCAUCUUUGUCUCAGAGACGCCAUGGAAGAAGAAGGAAGCUCGGAUCUUUCGAACCCUAACCUCAAGAAGAAGCACUUAGCGAUGCUCGAGAGGCUCUCCAACCGUCAGCAGUCUCUCUCUCACAGGUCCAGCUCCUCCGCAUCCGCGGCCUCGUUCGAAUCCACCUCCUCGUUCCUCUCAAGGUUCGCCGAGUCCAAGCGAUCGAUCGAGUCCCAGCUCGCCCAGUCCCGGCUCGCCGAUCCAUCCGACCUCAAGCCCCAGCUUUGUGAGAUAUCCGCCGCUAUCUCCGAGCUCGAGAAGCUCGUCGCGGAGAGCUCCUACUACUUGCCCUCCUAUGAGGUCCGGUCCUCUCUUAUGACCGUCGCCGAUCUGAAGCAGUCCCUCGAGAGUCUGAUCCCUAAGAAAAAGUUCUCCUUCAAGUCCAAGACUGCCAAAAGUUCCCUAAUUGAGGCCUCGAAACCGCCCGAAACCGAACCCGAGCGCCGAAACCCGGACCUUGAGGCCUCGCAUAGCCUUGUGCUGUCGAGCUCCCAAGGUUUCAGGAACAAUGUGGGUCAGGUUCUUGUGAAAGAUCUCAGGGGUUUGGAGAUCGGGGAAUUCACGAUAACAGACCUCGAGUCCUGCGAGGUUCGAUUGCUCGGUUGUUCAAGGGCGCUCUUCGUGCACAGACUAAAGGAUUGUAGGGUCUACGUGGGGCCUGUCGUGGGCUCAGUUCUGAUCGAGGAGGCAGAGAAUUGCACCUUCGUGCUCGCAUCACAUCAGAUUCGAAUCCACAAUGCGAGGGGCAGCGACUUCUACUUGCGGGUGAGGAGUCGGCCGAUCAUCGAGGACUGUUGCAGGGUGAGAUUCGGUCCUUACUGCUUGAGGUACAAAGGGAUAGAGGAGGAUCUGAGGGAGGCGAAUUUGCUUGAGGAGACAGGGAAUUGGUCGAGUGUUGAUGAUUUCAAGUGGUUGAAAGCAGUGCAGUCCCCGAACUGGUCGGUUCUGCCCGAGGAUAAGCGUGUUGGAAUGAUCGAUAUUUCGAGCUUGGGAAGUGAAGGUCAAGAAGACAAUGGUGAGUUGUGACUUUUCAAUUUUGAUGAGUGAGAUAUAAGGAUUUGGCCCUCGAAGUUUUGCUAAAACUUAUUGUUCUGGUAUUCAAAUCACUCAAAACAUUGUGAUUUUGUUUGGGAAUUGGAAGUACUAAAUCUGCUGAUAAGCCAAAUGUUGAUCUUCAUCA